AUGCUGUGGCCGCGGCUGGUGGUUGCCGAGUGGGCAGCGCUGGCCUGGGAGCUGCUGGGCGCCUCGGUGCUGCUGUUCGCGGUGCGCUGGCUGGUGCGGUGGCUGGAGAAGCGGCCGCGGGGUCUGGGCCGGAGCGCGCCCCCCGCCGCGCCGCCCCGCGCGGCCGUGGACCCAGCCCCUGACCCAGGUGUGAUGACAAUGGAUGCCAUCUUAGCUAGACUGAAACUCCUGGAUCAAGAUGACCUCAGAAAAGAAAUUAUCAAAGCCGGAUUGAAAUGUGGACCCAUUACUUCAACCACAAGGUUCAUUUUUGAGAAAAAAUUGGCUCAGGCUUUGUUAGAGCACGGAAGAACCCUGUCUUCACACCCUCCUGAGCAGGCCGCCCCAGGCACCACAGCUCUCAGCCAGGACACACAGAGGAUUUUGAAGUCUGCCGUAGGGAGCCUGCCUGAGCAGGUCUGCUUUUCUGAAGACAGAGAUUUGGGUUAUAGCAUGGGCUUGACUCCUCUGAAGGAAGAAGACCUGAAGUCUAAGACCUGUUCUGUGCCUUUCAGUGCUAUGGCUGGGGUUGAUGGUCCCAAAACAGUGGUAAGGGCCUCCAGUGAGCAGCCUCUAUACUACGGGGUGUGCCCAGCCUACGAGGAUGCCCCAGCAAAAAACGAAAGGGUGCAUGUUUAUGAAGAUAAAAAGGAAGCAUUGCAAGCUGCCAAAAUGAUCAAAGGAUCCCGAUUUAAAGCAUUUUCAAGCAGAGAAGACGCUGAGAAAUUUGCUAGAGGAGUUUAUUAUUUCUCUUCUCCGAACAGAACGUCACGACUUUCUCCUAUGAAAAUAGUGUCACUCUCUAGCAACGGUGGGUUAAAAGAUGGCUUGUGCUUAUCUGAGUCAGAAACUGUAAACAAAGAGCGAGCAAACAGCUAUAAAAAUCCCCGCACGCAAGACCUCACUUUCAAUCUGCGCAAAGCUGUGGAGCUGGGAGACGAAGACACCUUCUCUAAGCUUAUCUGGAGUAACCCCCGGUACCUGAUUGGUUCAGGGGACAACCCCACCAUCGUGCAGGAGGGAUGUAGGUACAAUGUCAUGCAUGUUGCUGCCAGAGAGGAUCGGGCUUCCAUCUGCCAGAUGACUCUCGAGACACUGGAGAACCCCGAGUUUAUGCUGCUCAUGUACCCAGACGAUGCCCCGGACAUGCUACAGAAGCGCAUUUGUUACAUCCUCGACCUGUACCUGAACACACCUGACAAGGGGGGCAACGACACACCGCUGCAUUUUGCUUGUAAGUUUGGGAAUGCAGAUGUGGUCAACGUGCUGGCUUCACACCCUUUGACUGUAAAAUGCCCACGGAAUAAAUAUGGUAAAACACCUGAAGAUGUUAUUUGUGAAAGAAGGAAAAAUAAAUCUGUGGGACUGGAAGAGCAGAUUAGAGAAUAUUUAAAGGGUCCCUACUACGUGCCACUCCUGAGAGCAGAGGAUAUGUCGUCUCCGGUGAUUGGGGAGCUGUGGUCCCCAGACCAGACAGCUGAGGCUUCUCACUUUAGCCAUGGUGGAGGCAGCCCCAGAGACCCUGUUCUGACCUUGAGAGCCUUCGCGGGGCCCAUUAGUCCAGCCAAGGCAGAAGAUUUUCGAAGACUCUGGAAAACCCCGCCUCGAGAGAAAGCAGACUUCUUUCACAAUGUCAGGAAAUCAGAUCCAGAAAGAGGCAUGGAGAGAACAGGAAGGGAGCUGGCUCACGAACUAGGGUAUCCCUGGCUUGAGUACUGGGACUUUCUGGGCUGUUUUGUUGACCUGUCUUCCCAGGACGGCCUGCAGAAACUGGAGGAAUAUCUCACACAGCAGGAAGUAGGCCGAAAGGCCCCAAAAAACAUGGGAGAAAAUGAAGCUUGUCUUCAGGAGAACGCUUCUGCCUUUGUCUGUCGUGGGAAUUGCAGCAGUUCUGUCUCUGUGAGGGACUUUCUGGACGAAGACAAUGACAUGAGCUUGGAAGAGAUUAAAAAUCGGCAGAACACAGCUCGAAACAACAGCCAGACCACAGUCGGGGCUUUCAGAGACUCGGGGUGCGACACCCUUCUCUUGGAGCAGAGGACAAACCUUAUAGAAGACUCAGUGCAGACCUGUCCCCACAGCAGCAAGAAUGGGUUCUCUAGCCCCCCGAGUGCCAGAAAGACCCAGGGUGGGAAGAGGACCAAGGCUGCGAGCCAAGAGGAAGCCCUCCCGUCACAUGUCUCCGGCUUGGCUGUUGAGUUCAGUAAGCUCAAUCUGCAGAAUCUAGGAAGUGGGUUUUCUGAGACAAGUAUGAAAACGAGAGAUGAGAAGAUCCUGACAUCAAGAGUGGAUGCAGUGGACGUUGACAUGCUAGAGCCUCCUGCGGCCAACAGCCUCGGAAGCAGCCAAGCAAGGACAGAAAGCGAGAUGUCAGCAGGGAUUGCUAACAUGUGCCUGGGUCCCCACAGUCCCAGACAUGAGACCCAGCAUGGCUUCCCUUUGUCCUCGGAGCCCUUGGAGGUCCAUGCCACAAAGGAGCCUGUCCGGAGGCUCUUCCUUUUUGGGGAGGAGCCGUCCAAACUGGAUCGCGAUGUCUUGACAGCCCUGGAUGGUGCAGAUGUGGACCCUCAGCGGUACCCCGCUGUGUGCAGGUGGAAGAGCGCUGUCCUGAGCUACCCGUCCUCCGAUAGACAGAGUUGGCCAAGCCCCGCGAUAAAAGGGAAGUUGACGUCUCAGCUGCCGGAUCUCGGUUGCCCUCGCAGCUUCAGCCCAGGGAGAAGUAGGCCUUCAGGGGGCAGCCCCAGGAAGCCUGGCCCCAUCCCUCUCUCCCCCCGUAUGGGCAGCCCUGGGCGCUACAGCCCUGCCAACAGGGGCCACCUGCACAGGAUGGUGCGCCUGGCCCAGCUCGCAGCCUUGUAGGGCUGGAGCGCUGCUGCGCUCGUGCUUCAUUAAAGAAGGGUAAUGUGUUUAUUGCUAAAAUUCACAAAAGUUAUAUUCUGAUUAAUUUAUUAAUCCUCAUUUUGAGAGUCAAAGAAUUUUAGAAAAUGCAAAUGUUCCAUAUAAAAUUUAGAUUUCUGGCAUUUUGGGACUUAAUGAAAGCAAACUCAGAUACCAGUUUUCUGAACACUGAUGUGAUAAUGCAGACCAUGGUCACCGCCCUGGCUGCCUGUGCAGCAUACGGCAGUCAAGGCUGCUGUGCCCCCAGGAGUCCCAGCUGGUGCCCAGAGGCAGCGUUGGCUGUGCUGGAGCCAUGCUCACUUCAGCUCAGUUCUGAAAACUAAGGUGAAUUUUGUUCACCUUCCUUUUCGGGGACGGGAGGUGGGGUUCACUCUCGGGCUCUCCUUGGUUAGAUGAAGAUAAAGCUUUUCUCUUGGACACAGUCUGUGGCCCUGGGAGGGCAUGAGUGUCAUGCAGGAUGCGACAGCCAGCACAGUCACAGUGUCUUUGCUGCCUGUGCAGUGGGGCAGGGUGAUCUGUGUGCAUCCCUGGCUCUGAGAUCACCCCGUAGUUGAGGGCUCCUUUCUGCUGGAAUUCCUUUAUAAAAGUGUCACGCUUUAGUACAGAAACUCAAGGUUAACUUUUGACGGGUUUGAGCCUGGUUUAGUUACUAGAGUGUGGUUUACUUUAGCCCCCAGCCCCCACUCCAGGUCUUUGUGCAGAGGUUGGGGGUCGCCACAGCUCCCUGUGCCACACUGGACACCCAAGGAUGGACAUGGGUGACACGGCUGCUCACACACGAGCAGGAUGCCGUGAACGUCCAGGGUGGGAUCCAGCUGGAGACUCUGCUAGUGGUUCUGCUGACUUCAGUGCCUUUUGUAAAGCAUUUUUUAUUUUCCUGAACUAGUUAUUUGAGAAUUUAUAGUGGUACUAAGUUGGUGUAAGAUUCUUUUUCAUUCACAAAAAUUGUUACUUCUGUCACAUAACAAGAGAACAGGUCAGGAAUAUUAGAAUUUAGAUUUUAAAAUUCUAAUAGCUGUUACACAAGGUGUUUUCACAUGUAGUAUGGCCAACAAUCUACAUGUAACACAAAAUACAAUUCUAUUGUAAAAAAACGAUGGCAUUUAGAAAGGCAUCUUUGUUCUCAAAUAUCAGAACACCAAUAUAUUCAGUGCUGAUCUGGUUUUUUUUUUUCUAGAAU